GUCGCAGAUGGGGGAGGAGGCUUGGUUGUUGCCUAGUCAACCAGAAAGCGUCCACCCUGUAGUUCAAAAGGCAGCUGUCCGUGUCUGCAGGUUAUCAUCUGAACUGCUUUAGGGUGGAGAGAUAUAUGAAAAUACCAGAAGGUCUCUACUGCUAAACCAGCAAUGAACAGAAAGUGUAAUUCUAAAGACUCAACGUUUACUAUAAAGAGCAAAGUUGAUGAGAAAAAUGAAAAAAUACAAAUGCUUGCUCCAAAAGAAAAGUUGGUAAUUGCUCCUGAAUGCUCAAAUUCACGAGUCAACAUUCCAUCUAAGGGUCUUACUGAAAAUGGAGCACCAAAAAAGCUGCAAGCCAGUAUUAUACCAAGUAAAUCAUUGCCAGCAAACAAAGGGCAAAAUAACCAUGUCAAAGACAAACAAGUGGGUUCUAGUGGAGAAGAUGAUAGCGAUGAUGAAGCAGAAGGAGCACCCUUAGAACUGAUUACAGAGUUUCUGAAAUCUGUGAUGGAUGAAGAUUUUAAAGUUGCACAAAAACUUUGCCAGAUGAUACUUCUGUAUGAACCAGAUAAUCCAGAAGCCAAAGAGUUUUCUCCUCUUAUUGACCAGGUGCUGAAAUUAGAAGCUGAACUAAGCACUGAGAGUGAUGACUCUGAAGACAGUAGUGAAGAUUCAGAUGUAGAGAGCAGUGAAAGUAAUGAUAGUGAUACUGGAGAUUCUGAUGGAACUUCAGAUGAAACAAGUGAUGAGGAAUCUGAGGACUAGGUGGUGCUACUGAAGACUGUUACUAUUAUACUCGCACAAGGGAUGAUAAUCUACCUCUACCUCAGUGUCAAGUUAUAACAGAUGUGAUAAAACAAGUGUAAAUAAUAUUAACAAAAAAAACCAUUCUGUUUUGCCUUAAUGCAGUGUUAUUUUCUGGGAAUUAGACAUUAUUUUGUGUUUUUCCUCCCACUAUAGAUAAUAUAAUAAUGACAAAUAUGGGACUUUUCUCUUAAACAUCUUUUAUAUUUGAGCUUGAUAUAUUCAAUAGAAAGCCCAUCUAUGGUAAACGUCUAGACAUGUUAAAGGGCUAUUUUUGCUAACUAAAGCAGAUGUUUUAGAAUAUGGAAUUAUUAUUUUUUUAUGGCUAAUGUAAUUCUAAUUAUCAACAGGUGAGUUGGUUAGAAGGUUAUUGUUGCUUUGUCAUCUUCAAUGAUUUUUUAAAUGUUUAUCUAAUCCUGAUAACUUUUUCUCUGCAUUUAUAUUAAUUGCACAUUGCUUGAAUCUCUUUCAUAACUAUUUAAACCUUGUUUUUGUGUGGCAACUAUCACAUUUUUAUGGUUUUAAUUUGAAAAAAAAAAUAAUAAUUUAACUUUUCGAUACAUAUGACUAGCCACGGAUAAAUUUCUGGUACUAUUUAGUGUUAUGAAUAUUACCUUUAUGUAUAGAAGUAUAUUAUGUGAUAGGAGUAAUGCGUGUAACUUUUAAUGAGACACUUUCUUUUAACUUGUUAAAGA